CCGUGCGUCUGAAAGUACGGCUCUGAACUGACUUAUAAUUUUCCACCUGGGAGCUGACGAAAGUUGACAGCUUUGAAAAUGCAGUCGGAAUCGGGGAUCGUGCCCGACUUUGAAGUCGGAGAGGAAUUUCACGAGGAGCCUAAAACGUAUUACGAGCUGAAGAGCCAGCCGCUGAAAAACAGUAAUCCAUCGGAGCAGCAGCAUGGCUCCUCUAAGCCCCCGCUGGGUUCGUCGGCUGUGACCUCUCGUAUCCUGCUCCGCCAGCAGCUGAUGCGCGAGCAGCUCCAAGAGCAGGAGCGACGAGAGCAGCAGAGACGGCAGAGCUCAGCGUACGCACAGCCCUCCGUCACCCAGAGCCCCGCCAUCAACGAAUUUAAUAUAUGUGUUUAUGCUAAUGCUCGCUAUAGCGCCUUCCUCAGCAUUGAGAAGGAUGUUCUUGUGACAGUAUCUAGCCGGCGGCAAAGAGCAGCACACAAGUCGAGCAAAGACGAGACGAAGAAGGCCAAUCUUUGUUAG